CCAGACACUAUGUGUGGUCGUUGGUGGUGAGAUAGCAGCAUCUAUAAUGCCAUAAAGGGAGAGUAUUUGAGUAUGGAUUUAAUUUGCCGUUUUUGGACGUGAAAGAGAAGCAUUGUCUUCCAGAGCUUCAGCAACCAGCAGGCUUGCACUAUUCAGCCAUGGAGUCCUGCAAAGUGGUGGAAAACAUCUACCUCCUGGUCAUCAUCACGCUCAUCAGUGUUCUUCAGAAUGUUUUUUUUGCUCAGAAGGUGGAGAGGGAAUGCAAGAGCCGUAACAUAGACACGUCAGCUUUUGAGCGAGUGUCUUGUGCAAACCGAAACUGCAUGGAUGCCUAUCCCACUUUCCUGGCAGUGAUGUGGUGUGCCGGACUUUGUCUCAAUCAAGCUCCUGCCGCCUUUGCUGGGAUGAUCUACCUUCUCGUCAGGCAGAAGUACUUCAUCGGCUAUCUGGGACAGAGCUCUCAAAGCACUCCCGGGUACCUAUUUGGGAAACGCAUCAUCUUCUUCCUGUCCCUGAUGUGCAUCGUGGGCAUCUUCAACUACCUGCUGUGGCGCUUCUACGGCAGCGACUACAAGGAAUACGUAGAAACCAUCACAAGCGCCGCAUCUGCUCUCCUGCUCCUCCCUUAGUUCAGCAGGUCCCUUACAGUGAGGACUAAGUAUUGAACGCACCAGUGCUUUCAGCAGUAAAAACCUCCAGUCUCUUAACAGGGCUAUUGACAUGUUAGUAACAACCCAGAUAUUCCACAAGUAAAAUAAAAAUGAAGUCUGUUUUUUUGGAUUGUUGAAAUAAAUGUAACGGCACAAAGAAUAACUAUUGGAUACACGAUGAAAACAAGCUUUAAAAAGGGAUAGACAGCCAAGGAAGUUGCUGAAAUUUGUCAGUGUUUAGGAAGCAACCUUCCUCCCUAUAUCAGCAACUAAUAUUGGCUAUUUUAAUCCUAACUGAUGACCCGUAUAAAGGUUUUUCAUUCUCAGCAAUGGUUGCUAUGAAUGGUCACUGCGCAAUACUUCACUCGUGAAGGAAAGGCAUAUUUAUGCAUCUAUGCCUUUGUAAAAUUUGGAGAACUUUUCCUUCACUCAAAAAAAAAAAAAAAAA